UGAAACCAGAGCUCUGCUAUUCUCUGAGAUACCAGCGUCCGGGAAAGCGAUGCUCCAAGCGAUGGAAUAAACCCUAGUUGACCAUCUCUACGACCCCGUAACAGGACCACGGGGAGGCCCCUCUGCCUCUCACCGCCCACAGCAGAGGCUGCCUCUGCUCUGACUGGCAGGCUACAAUUUCUCUGCUUUGAGGAUGCAACAACACUUAGUCGACUUUCCAACCGCACAGCGCAAAGUUGAGGAAGAGGGAGAGGGUGCGUGCGCGUGUGCGUGUGCGAGUGUCUGAUCAGCGGGGUUGGGGCGGGCAGUCAAUAAAGGGCGGGGCGAGCGAGGGGAGGCGCAAAGCGAAGAUUGCGAGAAGCAAGGAAGAGCGUGGCUCGGAUCCCAGUUAACCUGCUGGAGCUUCUCCAGCGUGCUGGAGCCCCUGCACCGACUCGCCGGGUACCCGCUCUCCUCCUCCCUUCGCUUGCUUCCCCUCUUCCCUUCCCCUCCUUCCCUCUCUUGCUGCACCCUCCACCUCACCCCCACUUUCGCAUCCGACCAGAGGACGGAGGAGGGAGACGUUCCCCCAAAUUGGGGCACCAACUUUCCUCGGCUGGUCUCUCGGCUCCCGGAGCAGGAGCUCGCGACCCCUGCGCGGUCUGCGGCCCAUGGAGGAGGAGGAGAAGGAGCAGUGAUGGGCUAGCGGUGGACGCCGGGAGCCCCCAGCGAGCCCGGAGUCGCCAGCCCGCUCUGCGUUCCCACGCCCGUUCUCUCGAUCUCUCUUCGCGGGGAGCGCUCCGGGUCCAGACGCCGAGCAUCCCAGGGAGGAGGAUGCGGUGGGACCCGGCCCGAGCGGGCGGCAUGAAUUAAGAAGCUAGGAAGAUGGAGCGCCGCACACUCCUCGCUCAGCCCGGGCUCUGGUCCACGGACACCAGCUGGACAUUCCUCUAUUUCCUCUGCUACAUCCUCCCCCAGACCGCCCCGCAAGUACUCAGGAUCGGAGGGAUUUUUGAAACUGUGGAAAAUGAACCUGUUAAUGUUGAAGAAUUAGCAUUCAAGUUUGCAGUCACCAGCAUUAACAGAAAUCGAACCCUGAUGCCUAACACCACGUUAACCUAUGACAUCCAGAGAAUUAACCUUUUUGAUAGUUUCGAAGCCUCACGGAGAGCGUGUGACCAGCUGGCUCUUGGUGUGGCUGCUGUCUUCGGCCCUUCCCAUAGUUCUUCUGUCAGUGCUGUGCAGUCUAUUUGCAACGCUCUCGAAGUUCCACACAUACAGACCCGCUGGAAACACCCCUCCGUGGACAACAAAGACUUAUUUUACAUCAACCUCUACCCCGAUUAUGCAGCUAUCAGCAGGGCAGUCCUGGAUCUAGUCCUCUACUACAACUGGAAAACAGUGACCGUGGUGUAUGAAGACAGCACAGGUCUAAUUCGCCUGCAAGAGCUCAUCAAAGCUCCCUCCAGAUAUAACAUCAAAAUCAAAAUCCGCCAGCUACCCUCUGGGAAUAAAGAUGCCAAGCCUUUACUCAAGGAGAUGAAGAAGGGCAAGGAGUUUUACGUGAUAUUUGAUUGUUCACAUGAAACAGCUGCUGAAAUCCUUAAGCAGAUUCUGUUCAUGGGGAUGAUGACUGAGUACUAUCACUACUUUUUCACCACCCUGGACUUGUUUGCUUUAGACCUGGAACUCUACAGGUAUAGCGGCGUAAACAUGACUGGGUUUCGGCUGCUGAAUAUUGAUAACCCUCACGUGUCAUCCAUCAUAGAGAAGUGGUCAAUGGAGAGGCUGCAGGCCCCGCCCAGGCCCGAGACCGGCCUUUUGGAUGGCAUGAUGACGACUGAAGCGGCUCUGAUGUAUGAUGCUGUGUACAUGGUGGCCAUUGCUUCUCACCGGGCUUCCCAGCUGACCGUCAGCUCCCUACAGUGCCAUCGACACAAGCCAUGGCGCCUUGGACCCAGAUUUAUGAACCUGAUUAAAGAGGCUCGGUGGGAUGGCUUGACUGGGCGUAUCACCUUCAAUAAAACCGAUGGCUUGAGGAAGGAUUUUGAUCUGGACAUUAUUAGUCUCAAAGAGGAAGGAACGGAGAAGGCUGCUGGCGAAGUGUCUAAACACUUAUAUAAAGUGUGGAAGAAGAUUGGGAUUUGGAAUUCCAACAGUGGGCUUAACAUGACGGAUGGUAACAAAGACAGGUCCAACAAUAUCACCGAUUCACUGGCUAACCGAACACUCAUCGUCACCACCAUUCUGGAAGAACCCUAUGUGAUGUACAGGAAAUCUGAUAAGCCGCUAUAUGGAAAUGACAGAUUCGAAGGAUAUUGCCUGGAUCUUUUGAAGGAAUUGUCAAACAUCUUGGGUUUUAUUUAUGAUGUUAAACUUGUCCCCGAUGGAAAAUACGGAGCCCAGAAUGACAAAGGGGAGUGGAAUGGAAUGGUCAAAGAGCUUAUAGAUCACAGGGCUGAUCUGGCGGUGGCUCCCCUUACCAUCACCUACGUGCGGGAGAAAGUCAUCGACUUCUCCAAGCCCUUCAUGACCCUGGGCAUCAGCAUUCUCUACCGGAAACCCAAUGGUACCAAUCCAGGCGUCUUCUCCUUCCUUAACCCCCUGUCUCCUGACAUUUGGAUGUAUGUGCUCUUAGCCUGCUUGGGAGUCAGUUGUGUACUCUUUGUGAUUGCAAGGUUUACACCCUACGAGUGGUAUAACCCCCACCCAUGCAACCCUGACUCAGACGUGGUGGAAAACAAUUUUACUUUACUAAAUAGUUUCUGGUUUGGAGUUGGAGCUCUCAUGCAGCAAGGAUCAGAGCUGAUGCCCAAAGCUCUAUCGACUCGAAUAGUUGGAGGGAUAUGGUGGUUUUUCACCCUAAUCAUCAUUUCAUCCUACACUGCCAAUCUGGCCGCCUUCUUGACAGUAGAGAGAAUGGAAUCCCCCAUAGAUUCUGCAGAUGAUCUGGCAAAGCAAACCAAGAUAGAAUAUGGGGCGGUCAGAGAUGGAUCGACAAUGACCUUCUUCAAGAAGUCAAAGAUCUCCACCUACGAGAAGAUGUGGGCUCUCAUGAGCAGCAGACAGCAGACUGCCCUGGUAAAAAACAAUGAUGAAGGGAUACAACGAGUACUCACCACUGACUAUGCCCUGCUAAUGGAGUCCACCAGCAUCGAGUAUGUGACACAGAGAAAUUGCAACCUCACUCAGAUUGGGGGCCUUAUUGACUCCAAAGGUUACGGAGUGGGAACGCCUAUAGGCUCUCCUUACCGGGACAAAAUUACUAUUGCUAUCCUUCAAUUACAAGAGGAGGGGAAACUGCAUAUGAUGAAAGAGAAGUGGUGGCGGGGAAAUGGCUGCCCCGAGGAAGACAGCAAAGAGGCCAGUGCUCUGGGAGUAGAGAAUAUUGGGGGCAUCUUCAUUGUUCUGGCUGCUGGACUGGUCCUUUCUGUAUUUGUAGCCAUCGGAGAAUUUAUAUACAAAUCACGGAAGAACAAUGACAUUGAACAGGCUUUUUGUUUCUUUUAUGGACUGCAGUGUAAACAAACCCAUCCGACCAACUCUACUUCUGGAACCACUUUAUCUACGGAUUUAGAAUGUGGCAAAUUAAUUCAAGAGGAGAGAGGGAUUCGGACACAGUUCUCAGUUCGUACUGUGUAAUCAGUUAAAAGGAAAAAAAAAAAGUGUUCCCAGAGGAUAUUGUUCCUCCUAACUGGCGUUGUCAGUGCUAUCUGUAUCUACAAAGCAUAAAUAGUCAUAAUUCCGUAUCUCUUUAAGAUAGAAAAACUCGUGUACUCUAGAUGUUAAAUUCAAUGCACUGGAAACAGAUGUGCAUUGUGUGUUGAAACGGGGAUAUAAUUGAGGCCUAUAGACUCCAAGAGAUGUGUGUAUGUAGAGAAAUACGCUGUACCACCAAGUUGUCUUAGCUCUGUCUUCAUACAUUAAAAAUAAGCAACUCUUUCCUCAUGAAAAGUAGAUUUAGACAAUUUAGACAUUACACAGUGCAAAACAUGAAAACAAAACGCUAAUUUUAUGGACUACUUUUCAUCUUGUGAACUUUGUGUUUUCCUAUUUCCUUCUCCCUGUCUGAAAUGUUCUGUAGAUCCACACACUUUCAAACAACCCAAAGCCCUACCCUUUCAUUCUAAUUCCAGAACAACGUUGAUUUUUAAUUCAAAUUCAUUUCACAAUUUAAAAUGGAUUAUUUAGACAAAAACUCAAAGAUAUCUUAGGUUUUGAAGAUGCAAAAAAAAAAAAAAAUGUGAUCCGGAAAAGGAAAAUGAAACUCGAAACCUCUGGUGUCACAAAAGAGCAUGAGCUGCAUAAGAACAUCACUCAGGAAAGCACAGUGAGUUACUGGGUAGGAACUCAUUAACAUCAGGCUCGCCAGUAACGUUGACUUGUAGAGCUCAACAACUAUCCGUAAGUUCAGAAAGAUAGUGUGCUCAGAGUCUCUAAGGAACUGUGAGGCUUUUUUUUGUUGUUCAAGCUAUCUGUUAUUUCUUGCAAGCUUCAAGCAAGGUCCUCAGCUAGGAAUUAAUGCACAGCAUCUUCUAUUUUCCACUCACUUCACCCUCUCUCUUAGCACUGAUGAACAUCUUUUCACGAGAUGUUAUUUCAUUCCCUUCCCACUCACCCAGGAUAGAGUGGUUGUUCUUGGAGCAAUCUUUUCUGAGCAUUGGCACUUUCACACUCGUUUCUCUGCCUCCUUUGCCAUUAUCCAUUCAUUCCAAGUGCAUUGGGGAGAAGGGCAAGGAGGAGAAAAUAGAGGCAAGGAUUUCCAUACACAUUAGUUACAGAUCUCUGUAGAUUUAUUUUCCACCCACACUCAAAGUGCUGUAAAUAAUUCCCCCUCUAACUCAGCUUGGUGACAUUGGAAGCCAACUGCAUAUUUAAUUUGUUGUGGCUGAGGCUAUCUGUGUCCCUCUGGGCUUGUGUCCUCUUCACAGUGAGUAGGGGAAUUGAAGAUACCUUUCAUCUUCCCCCAGUAUAGGAGCAAUUGUUCUUUGUUCUCGUUAAUGGGAUCACAUUUUGACAUAUGAAGUGACCCCCUCACCCCCAACCAUAUUUCUCAGAAGUAGAAACAUGCCAUCUGUGCAGUUAUGUAACAUUUUGCCUUCUCUUUGCUUAGCUUUAAAUGGGUCCCAGUUUUUG